ACAUGAGCACCAUGGUUCCUACUGAGGAAUAAACGACAAUAUAAAGGACGCACAUGAGGUCACCUAGAAACCAGCAGCCAUCUGAAAGCAACAUCUGAAAGAAUAAGAUGAGGCCCACAAAGAAGUCUGAGACGGCCGGAGAGAGCAGGAGCAGGUCGGUGGGGGAGUGGAGCUGCCAUGUCGUAAGCAAGUAGUACGCCCCAAUUGGAUACUGCAUGUAACAACAUGUCCUUUGUGAUUUGGCAGGCUGCAUGAAACUCAUACGUGGUUAAGUUGUCCCGCCCCAACAGGUGCAACCUGAUCAUCAAAGUCGAGUGAAGGGUAAAAACACUUUGUGAAUGUUAUUAUUCACUAUAAACUCAUAUCUUAUCAUAACAUUUGUUACAAAUGUUUGUGCUUCAUCAUGUGUUCCCCACUAGUCUAACUGUAUAAAAAGACCAGGUGACAAAGAGGGGCGUGCACGGGUCCUUUAAACUCUAUCUGGUCCCACAAAAGAAUCCAGUCUGUUGUCACAGCCACUCACAAGGUGAAAGGAUUGUUCCACAGAUGCUGGUUUUGAUCCUGAAAGAUUCUUGUUUGAGCAGUGACGAGGAUUCUGUUCACGAUGACCUCAGUCAACCAGUCGGACCGCAUACUUGAUGGUGACGUGUGGACACACCCUCUCUGAUGAAGGACAACAAGCUGCGUCACUUCACUCCGUCUGAUGGAAGCUGAAGUGAAGCACGGAGCAACUUUUCUACACGGACCUGCUGAGGACAGAAGACAGCUGCCCACUGAGGAAGUUCAUGUCUACAACCUCACAGGUUGUUGUGAAGGUGUGAAGAUGUGGACUCUGCUAUGAAUCAGGGUGAGGGCCCAGAGGAAGGAGUCCCUCCCUCUGAAGCCCCUCUGUGUGAACAUGACAGUCAGACCAAAGCUCAGAGGAUCCAUCAGAGACAAGGACUUGAACCCAGCUCUGUGUCCAUGAAGAGUGAUAGGUCUAAAGAACAUCCUUUACGCCUCAAAGAUGGAUGCCGUUCUUAUAACCCGGAAGAGGACCUGGAGAGCUCAGAGGUUCCCAGAAGUCAGUCUGCCCAGCAGCAUCAAACACACCUGGACUCCAUCUUCAUGCUGCUGGAGGAGAACAUCCUCACUUUUGCCAAGAACGAGCUGAAGAAGAUUCAGAAGGUUGUGAGUUCAGAAUACCCAGAAUGCUUAGAGAGUCAGAGGGACAAAGAUGACUUCCCGGACAGUGAGGAUGAAGAGCAGAGGUGCAGCAGAGAGGCAUUUAUGAAGAUCUCAGUGCACUUCCUGAGGAGAAUGAAGCAGGAGGAGCUGGCUGACCAUCUUCAGAGCAGACUAUUUGCUGCAGUUUGUCAGCGUGAACUCAAAUCCAACCUGAAGAAGAAGUUCCAGUAUGUGCUUGAGGGGAUCGCUAAAGCAGGAAACCCUACCCUUCUGAAUGAAAUCUACACAGAGCUCUACAUCACAGAGGGAGGGACUGGAGAGGUCAAGGAAGAACAUGAGGUCAGACAGAUUGAAACAGCAUCCAGGAGACCAGCCAGACCAGAAACAACCAUCAGACAAGAAGACCUCUUCAAAGCCUCAGCUGGAGGAGAAGAACCAAUCAGAACAGUGAUGACUAAGGGAGUGGCUGGCAUUGGGAAAACAGUGUUAACACAGAAGUUCACUCUGGACUGGGCUGAAGACAAAGACCACCAGGACAUACACUUCACAUUUCCAUUCACCUUCAGAGAGCUGAAUGUGCUGAGAGAGAAGAGGUACAGCUUGGUGGGACUUGUUCAUCACUUCUUCAGUGAAACCAGAGCAGCAGGAAUCUGCAGGUUUGAAGAGUUCCAGGUUGUGUUCAUCUUUGACGGUCUGGAUGAGUGUCGACUUCCUCUGGACUUCCACAACAAUGAGAUCCUGACUGAUGUCACAGAGUCGGCCUCAGUGGAUGUGCUCCUCACAAACCUCAUCAGGGGGAAGCUGCUUCCCUCUGCUCGCCUCUGGAUAACCACACGACCUGCAGCAGCCAAUCAGAUCCCUCCUGAGUGUGUUGGCAAGGUGACAGAGGUCAGCGGGUUCACUGAUCCCCAGAAGGAGGAGUACUUCAGGAAGAGGUUCAGAGAUGAGAAUCAGGCCAGCAGGAUCAUCUGUCACAUAAAGACCUCACGAACCCUCCACAUCAUGUGCCACAUCCCAGUCUUCUGCUGGAUCACUGCUACAGUUCUGGAGGAGGUGUUGAAAACCAGAAAGGGAGGAGAUCUGCCCAAUACCCUGACUGAGAUGUACAUCCACUUCCUGGUUGUUCAGUCCAAAGUGAAGAAGGUCAAGUACGAUAGAGCAGCUCAAACGGAUCCCCACUGGAGUCCAAAGAGCAGGAAGAUGAUCAAAUAUCUGGGAAAGCUGGCCUUUGAUCAGCUGCAGAAAGGCAACCUGAUCUUCUAUGAAUCUGACCUGACAGAGUGUGGCAUCGAUAUCAGAGCAGCCUCAGUGUACUCAGGAGUGUUCACUCAGAUCUUCAGAGAGGAGAGAGGACUGUACCAGGACAAGGUGUUCUGCUUUGUCCAUCUCAGUGUUCAGGAGUUUCUGGCUGCUCUUCAUGUCCAUCUGACUUUCUUCAACUCUGGUGUAAAUCUGCUGUCAGAAGAACAGACAACCUCCCUGUGGUCUAAAGUCUUUGUUGACAAACCUAAACCAAUGCGUCUCUACCAGAGUGCUGUGGAUGAGGCCUUACAGAGUCCUAAUGGACACCUGGACUUGUUCCUCCGCUUCCUCCUGGGUCUUUCCCUGGAGACCAAUCAGACUCUCCUACGAGGUCUGCUGAUCCAGACAGGAAGUCGCUCAAAGACCAAUCAGAGAACGGUCCACUACAUCAAGGAGAAGAUCAGUGAGAAUGUGUCUCCAGAGAAAAGCAUCAAUCUGUUCCACUGUCUGAAUGAACUGAAUGAUGGUUCUCUAGUGGAGGAGAUCCAACAGUCGCUUAGUUCAGGAUGUCUCUCCUCAGAUAAACUGUCUCCUGCUCAGUGGUCUGCUCUGGUCUACAUCUUACUGUCAUCAGAAGAAGAUCUGGAGGUGUUUGACCUGAAGAAAUACUCUGCUUCAGAGGAGGCUCUUCUGAGGCUGCUGCCAGUGGUCAAAGCCUCCAACAAAGCUCUACUUAGUGGCUGUAACCUCUCAGUGAGAAGCUGUGAAGCUCUGUCCUCAGUUCUCAGCUCACAGUCGUCUAGGCUAAAAGAGCUGGAUCUGAGUAACAACGACCUGUCGGAUUGUGGAGUGAAGCAGCUGUCUGCUGGACUGGAGAGUCCUCUCUGUCACCUGGAGACUCUGAGACUGGAGGGCUGUAACCUCUCAGAGAGAAGCUGUGAAGCCCUGUCUUCAAUUCUCAGCUCCCAGUCCUCUAGUCUGAGAGAGCUGGAUCUGAGUAACAACGACCUGCGGGAUUCAGGAGUGAAGCUGCUUUCUGCUGGACUUGGGAGUCCUCACUGGACACUGGAAACUCUGAGGGUGGAGCCUGCUGGAGUCCAAUGGUUCAGACAAGGUCUGAGGAAGUAUUCCUGUGAACUCACAAUCGAUCCAAACACAGUAAACAGACAACUCAAACUGUUGGACAACAACAGGAAGGUGACAUGGGUGGAGGAUCAGUCAUAUCCUGAUCAUCCAGAAAGAUUUGACUACUGGCCUCAGCUGCUGUGUAGAACUGGUCUGACUGGUCGCUGUUACUGGGAGGUUGACUGGAGAGGAAGUGUUUAUGUAUCAGUGAGUUACAGAGGAAUCAGGAGGAAAGGAGACAGUACAAACUGUUUGUUUGGAUGGAAUGAUCAGUCCUGGAGUCUGGAAUGCUCCGAUGAAGGUUGCUAUGUCUGUCACAAUAAGACAGGAACGCGCAUCACCUCCUCCUCCUCCUCCUCUGGUAGAGUAGCAGUGUACGUGGACUGUCCUGCUGGAUCUCUGUCCUUCUUCAGAGUCUCCUCUGACACACUGAUCCACCUCCACACCUUCAGCACCACAUUCACUGAACCUCUUCAUCCUGGGUUUGGGUUCUUGCUCUGGCCUGGGUCUGAUUCCUCAGUGUCUCUGUGUUCUCUGCAGGAGGGAGAGUCUCCUCCUGGUGGAGAACCUUCCUCUCUGCUCACCACAUAGUUCAGUCUGUACAGCUGAUGGUGGUUCAUGUGGAUGCAGAUGCAGGUGGAGCAGGUGAAGGGUGCCUGAGCUGGUCUGGACUCUGGGGGGGGUCCACAGCUCUCUGGGACUUGUGGUGUUGCAGAUGGAAGUCUGAAAGGGCCCAGUGAGGUGUGGUUUAAUGCUGCUGUGCUUGUUGGCUCUAUGAAUGAAUCAAUUGAUCAUCAUUUAGAUAUUGGGUCCUCAUUAGGGUUUAAUCUUAAUCUGUAUUUGUUGCAAGGAGUGAUGGGUUACUCACAUUAAACUGGAUUUCUUCCCCCCACCAGCCCAUGAAGGAUGGGGGGAGGCCCAGAAUAUAAAAAAAAAAACAUCAGUAGGAAGUGUCUGUUAAGAGUAUGAAUAGUGUUUGUGUGUGGAGUUCAUCUACAAAGUGUUUACGUAGAUUUCAUGAACAAUGUGGAGAUGCAUUUAUUUGAAGCACUUUCACCAAAAUGAAGCUUUUCAUUUACACUUGCAGGAAUAAAAUGCCUUAAAUACUGUAUAGAGAAUGUUUCUUGUCAUCUGUCUCUGGUCCUCUUGUCCUCUGGACAGUUAGAUUAAUAGCUUGUUCUGUUAAUAAUCAAGAUAGUUGUGUCAUCACCUUUUGAAGCGUUUCCGUUUUUCUACACGUCCUCCCCAUGUUUAUGUUGGUAAGGUUUUUGGCACCUUAUUGUUGGGUUUUUUGAGCAUUUAAACAUAAUAAGCUUUGCCUCUCAUUGUUUUUAUACAAAUACAAAUAAUCUUUCUGGAUUAACGAUUACAUUUUUUAAAGUAAAAAGUUACUUAAUCAAACUGUUGUGAUCCAAUCAAUAAUCUCAAUGGAUCUUUUUCCAUGGAAUGCGGUAGAGAUCAAACUCGCCACCAUCAGUACGAGCGUAUUUUUCCUGCAGAUUGAUGUUCUGCUCGAUGGUUUCAUGUGAUAAACUGCUGCUGAUUCUCGUACUUCUCUUUUCGGAGCUCGUCCCUAGUUUGCAUCACUAGGGAUGGAAGGUAUUUGUUGGUUUAUUUAUUAAAUAUACAGGAUGCAAAUAUUAUCCACAUAUAACUACUUUCUGUAAAACAAAUUGUAUGAGGACGUUGUAUAGUCAGAAAUUCCUUCAUCAUAUUGGUUUGUUUGCACCCUAGAAAAUCACAAAUAAUAGCUUCAACAAUUUUAAUCAAUCAAGUUUUUAAUCAAUUAUUGAAAUAAAAGGUAAAUCAAGAGUAAGGAAAAGAUAAGAUGCAGAUAAAACACGCUACCAAUAACGCCAUAUAAGAAAAACUAGAGGGCGCUACAGAGACAUUUCUUCAUACCCGAAUGUGAGACCAAGAAAUGAUCACAUUUUUUAACAGUCCAGAUAUCCAUGCUAACUAGACCAGCGGGAGAUUAGCUUUGUUUAGCUUAGCAUAAAUACACGCGCAAACCAAAAUGUUACAGGUGUUUUUACCAAACGGACAUUUCCUGCAGUGAAUGAAAAGGGAAUGAACGUUAGGAGUUGAUCCUGACUGCAGUUAAACUAGUUAUCACUCUGGUUUGAUGUAUUGUGAUUACUUCUGAUGUAACGUCACACUUGAAAAUAACCGUAAUCUGUUUUGUCCACACUUAUCAGCUGGUUCCAUGUUGUGGGUUUAGUUUGGAGUCAUCAAUGGUUCCGACGCCUGUUUGCAGUCAAAAGGCCUCAAAGGCUCAGACAGAACAAGAAUGUUGGUUUGCUUCCACCAGCUCACUCUCACAUGAUGUCAUAGUGGUUUAGGAUCAAUAGAUAUCUAACAGCAGUCAAGAAGAAGUUUGUCAUGGUGCUUUUAGUGGUUGCUGCUAUUCCUGGACUGAAGAUAAAAAGCAUGAGAAGUCGUCAUAUUGAACUCAUAUCAGUUCUUAUCAAAUGUGUCUUAAAAAAGAACCGUCCUCAGUGGGACUUCACACACGGAUUGCUUCUACGACACUGCAAAGAAUUCUGGGUAAACAAGUUAGAAGCCUCUGACAGACCUCUGGACUGUGGUCCAGUGAGGACAACUAGUGUCAAAGUGUGACUGUGCACUCUGUUUACACUUUAUCUGUGUGUGUAACCGGGUUCCGUCCACACUCGUUGUGUGUUCACCACGUGCCAAGGAGCGCCAGUGGUGUCCUGGAUGUCCCGAAUCUCACUGCAACCCACCAAAAGUAGCUCCAGAGGUUCUGGGUGGCGUUCAGAUGGAACCAGUUUAGAGACGCAACCAUCGGUGGUCUGCCUCUACAACGGCCUCAGCUGCACCGACAACUGAACUCAUGCACUCUGUUCACAAGUAACCCAGAGUGUGUAUUUAUUGUACACUAAAGUACUUCCUGUAUGUACUGUGAAAUGUGGAAAUUGAUCAAAUAUAUGUAAAGUAGGUCUCAUUAUUCCAAUGUGACAUGUGUUGAA